AUGGCGGAAGGCAUUGACAGAAGCGCGGAUGACCGGAUGGAGUUCUCGACCUCGAAAGAGGUGACAGUGGCGCCGACCUUCGAGGACAUGCAUCUCAAGGAAAAUCUACUUCGCGGCAUCUACGCUUACGGCUACGAAUCACCCUCUGCUGUACAGUCACGAGCCAUUGUGCAGAUCUGCAAGGGGAGAGACACAAUCGCCCAGGCGCAAUCUGGCACGGGCAAGACUGCGACUUUCUCAAUCAGUAUUCUGCAGAUCAUCGAGACGUCAGUUCGAGAGACCCAAGCUCUCGUUCUGUCCCCAACUCGCGAACUCGCAACCCAGAUCCAGAGUGUCAUCAUGGCUCUUGGCGACUAUAUGAAUGUACAGUGUCACGCCUGCAUUGGAGGCACAAAUGUCGGCGAAGACAUCAGAAAACUCGACUACGGCCAACACGUCGUGUCAGGCACCCCAGGCCGAGUGGCGGACAUGAUCAGAAGACGAAACCUGCGCACACGACACAUCAAGAUGCUGGUUCUCGACGAAGCAGAUGAGCUUCUCAACCGCGGCUUCAGAGAGCAGAUCUACGACGUCUACCGAUACCUUCCUCCGGCAACUCAAGUCGUCGUCGUCUCCGCCACCCUUCCUUACGACGUGCUGGACAUGACCACCAAGUUCAUGACCGACCCUGUCCGCAUCCUGGUCAAGCGUGAUGAACUCACUCUCGAAGGCCUCAAGCAGUACUUCAUCGCGGUCGAAAAGGAGGAAUGGAAGUUCGACACCUUGUGCGACCUUUACGACACCCUCACAAUUACUCAGGCCGUCAUCUUCUGCAAUACGCGCCGCAAGGUUGACUGGCUCACGGACAAGAUGCGCGAGGCAAAUUUCACAGUCAGCAGCAUGCACGGAGAGAUGCCGCAAAAGGAGCGUGAUAGCAUCAUGUCCGACUUCCGACAGGGUAACAGCCGCGUUCUCAUCAGCACGGAUGUCUGGGCUCGUGGAAUCGACGUCCAGCAGGUGAGCCUUGUGAUUAACUACGACCUGCCUAGCAACCGAGAGAACUACAUCCACAGAAUCGGACGCAGUGGGAGAUUCGGGCGGAAGGGCGUGGCCAUCAACUUCGUCACCAGUGAGGACGUCCGCAUCCUGCGCGACAUCGAACUCUACUACUCGACCCAGAUUGACGAAAUGCCCAUGAAUGUGGCCGAUCUUUUGACUUAG